UUGUUCCUUCCUUGUUUGUUCCAAGAUGCUAGAUUCUAUGUUUCACCAUAUAAGGAGUCCCUCACGAGGCAUUCCUUAUCAACCUGAAAGACCAAAAGGGUAUCAACAGGCUUAAGCUUGCUCGGACAAUAGUGCAGGUAUUUGUCUUGUCAGUAGGGAAACACUCAUAAACAUUUCAACGUCCAAGGGCAAAGAGAAAGGACACGGCUGGAGAACACAAAAGAUGUAUCACCAACAUCAAGGUCCAAGUGAGCUCUUCAGUACUAGGACGACCUUUCCAAUGGAACGACAUCUGUUUCUGCAUGGAGGAAGUACACAAGAUUCUGGGCUAGUUCUUUCAACUGAUGCUAAACCUAGACUGAAAUGGACACCCGAGUUACAUCAGAGAUUUGUAGAUGCGGUCAAUCAAUUAGGUGGAGCAGAGAAAGCUACACCAAAAACAGUCAUGAGGCUUAUGGGCAUCCCAGGACUCACCCUGUAUCAUCUCAAAAGCCACCUCCAGAAAUACAGGCUCAGUAAGAACCUCCAAGCUCAAGUUAACGUUGGGACAACAAAGAACGCUAUAGGAUGUGCAGUUGUAGCUGAUAGCAUGCCUGCAACAAGUACACCAGCAAUGACCAACACAAAUGUCAUUCCACAGGCAGAGAAAACUAUUCAAAUUGGUGAAGCCCUACAGAUGCAAAUCGAGGUGCAGAGGCAGCUAAACGAGCAACUCGAGGUACAACGGCAUCUACAACUACGGAUAGAAGCCCAAGGGAAGUAUCUGCAGUCAGUUCUAGAGCAGGCACAAGAGAGCCUUGGAAAACAGAAUUUGGGUCCUGCAAACCUGGAGGAUGCAAAAAUAAAAAUAUCAGAACUAGUCUCACAAGUAUCAAAUGAAUGUUUCAGCAAUGCAGUUACAGAUAUAAAAGAAAGUUCAAGGAUGCACAGACUAGAGCCAAGGCAAAUCCAGUUUGUUGAAAGUUCAACAAAUAACUGUUUGACUGCAGCUGAAGGAUACAUCAAUGAGCAUAGACUACACAGCCAUGGAGUGCUCAAAGCAUAUGAUGAUAGUUCAAUAUUAUACAGAAAACAAUCUCAUGGCCAUGAGUAUCAAUUUCCGCUUAAUAGAAGCUUAAGCGAGCGUAGGAUGGGUCAUUUGCACAAUGUAAAAGAGUACCAUAAAGCAGAGUUGGGAAGUGAAAGUGACACGGAGAUUCAACAGGAGUAUAUUACACCUCAAAAGAAUGUUGGAGGCAGCACCACCAGUUCGGCUUCAGGAACCAAAGAAGGCGAUAUAAAGAAAUUGUAUCUUGAAGAACCAAGCUGCAAGAGACGAGCUAUGGACUAUCCAAGUUUUGAACGCCCGAAUUCUGGGAAGAAACUUGAUCUGAACACCCACAACACUGAUGAUAGUGAUCAAGGUUUUAGGCAUUUUGAUUUAAAUGGCUUCAGCUGGAGCUGAAUUGAUAAAUGAUAAUGAUAUGCAUAUGAUCAAAGAGAAGAAAUGAGCAUACAAAUAAUUUCUCCCAGCAUUCUA